CGCCUCGGUUCCGGGUGGGCAACUCUUUCGCCUCAAAAUCCGUCGCUGUCUGAGACGUCGCUGCUCUCCCGCCUUCUCUCCCGUCGCAGCAGCAGCACCACCAGCAGCACCAGUGCAUCAGACGCUUCCUCCCCUGUAUCCCCCCCGCGCCCAUGCUCUGCCGCUCCCUCCUCGUGCUGUUGGCCGGCCUGCUCCUCGUCCAGGCCCACGGCGUCGAUCUGUCGCUCCAGAAACGACAGGUCGCAGCCAAAUCCUAUCCGCCCUGUGGCACAUCGCCUCCCUUCGACCCGGCCUGGUCGACCUUCCUCUCGGGCGCACUCGACACCGGUGCCGACAUCACGGCCUGUGGCAACUCCAAGACCUGGUCUCUGACCUACGACGACGGCCCCAGCGAAUACACUCCUGGUCUGCUGGACCAGCUCGACACUGUCGGCGUCAAGACCACGUUCUUUGUCAUUGGCUGCAACGUCGCCAACAACCCCUCCAUUCUUCGUCGUGCCUAUCAGGCUGGCCACCAGAUCGGUAUCCACACCUGGACCCAUCCCAGCCUUCCAAAACUCACUUCCGAACAGAUUGUGGCUGAAAUCAUGUGGACUGCCAAGAUUAUUCGGGAUAUUACCGGCCAGACCCCAACGUACAUGCGGCCUCCUUAUGGCGAUAUUGAUGCUCGCGUGCGCGGACUGCUUCACAAGAUGGGGCUGAAGGUCGUUAUCUGGAACAGAGAUACCGACGAUUGGGAACUCCAGACUUUCAACCCCAACGCACAAAACUCGUCGCAGGUUGUGACUCCCACGUCUGUGCGUGCUUCCAUCAGCAGCUGGAUCGCAUCGCCGCCAGCCGAGGGCAUCAUCAGCUUGGAGCACGACCUCUUCCAGCUCCCCGCCCAAAUCGCGGGCGAAACGCUGCAGCGAGUCAGUAUGGCGGGCUUCAACAUCAACACCGUUGCAAGUUGCGUUGGCACCGCGCCAUAUAACAAUACCGCGAUCGAAGUGAUAUUCAACCCUGCGAUUGCCUCGAGUCUUUCCAAAGCCCCAUCAACCACUGCAUCCGCAUCCGCAAACUCAACGGCCACUUUGACCGCAAGCAAGUCGCCUUCGUCGUCGCCGUCGCCCAGUGCUGGAUCGAUCCGAGCCAGCCUUGACUGGAGCAUCAUUGGCACGAUUGCGCUGGUGCUGUUGUGCUCGCAGCUUGAUGUAUCCAACGCCUUCUGAAGUGCGCAACUAGUCUGGGGCUCAAAAGGUUGGGAUCUGGAUCUUUGUCUGUGGUGAGGGUGAGAAGGCAGCCAAGCAUGUGCAUCUGUCGCAAGGAAGAGUCUGUGGGCUGUACUGCCAGGAUAAGGGGCUUGAUAGCACUCAGUCCCGCAGACAGAGUGCUCUGUCCGAAAUAUACGCAUUGUCGAUGAUCGCCCAGCCAUGGCGGCAGAUCGCAUUUGAACCAU